AUCCUUUCUACACGUUCGUUCUAGCACACCUUGACAAUCGCCUAUCUAACAUCACAACAUCCUCAAGCUACUGAUCUUGCCAAGGUCUCCUGUCGCCGAUUGAAUACACGCAAUCUUUAUGCGGUUCAUAGCUGCUGGGACUAGGUCUACCCCACUACUGAGUAACGUGCAAGGCUGCCCUCAUCUGCGUUCCGACAUCAUAGACCACUAUCAGGUCACUCUUUCUUGAGGUCCAGCGACAACCAUCAUGGAUAACUUGAAGCCUUCUGAAGACAAUGCCGACAAAUCCAAGUCGUCAGGGCAGAGUCGGGUACGACACAGGAAUCGAAUGAUCACGUCAUGUCUAGAGUGCCGUCGUCGCAAGCUCAAAUGCGACAAACUACACCCUUGUACCAAUUGCAGCAAGUUUUCGCGCGAUUGCCUCUUCUUGGCCCCUGCGCUGGAUUCAGUGUCGCAACAGCGACUUAAUGAGAUCAAGGAGAAGAUGGGGUCGCUCGAAAAAGUCCUUGAACAAGAUCUGGCGCGUAGAGAAGGAAAAUCAUCAUCCAGUUCUACACAAAAGGGUGGCCAUAGGAGCUCCGCCGAUCUCCCAGGCGGCGAGUCGAGUAGCUCAGACAACGAUGCUGCUGUACCAGAGGACGAGAAAGACUUGGAGCCUACACCGAUGGCGGUCAUUGAUGGUGCUUAUGCAGACGAUGCCGACGACGAUAUUUUGGAUCUCGGCGUCAGGGUGGGGAAGAUGAGACUCAACGAGAGACUCGGAGGCUUCUUCCGACCAAGAAUAGGCGAAGAGUUGUCAAGCCAGCUAAAUGAUGCAGCAAGCGACAGGCGCACGGCUGAGGAAAGGCAAUCCGAAGCGACCUCGUUUCCCGAUCAAACCUACGACUUCCUGGCACCUGGGCCUUCUUAUAUCGCUCCAGGUUCCGGAUUUCUCUUUGGUGAUGUCGGCAGCAAAAGAUCGCUGAUCAAUUUUCUCCCUGCGAAAGGGGCGGCCGACAUUCUGGUGCGAAAGUACUAUGAAAACGUCCAUUUUAUCGCCCGUGUGGUGCAUUGGCCAAGCUUUCAACUGCACUACGACAACUUCUGGAUCGCUGUGCUCGCUGGCCUCGAGCCACCACCUUGGCAGCAAUCGCUUGUCUUCUCGAUACUCUUUUCGGCCGUGGCCAGCGUGCCGGAGGCGGACAUCACAACGAUAUUCGGUCGACCGCAGAGCACGAUUCUCGCAAACUUCCAACUGGGAACAGAGGUAGCACUCAGCAAGGCACAGUUCCUGCGAGCAACCAAGCUCGAAACUCUACAAGCCCUGAUCAUCUACCUGAUUCCGAUGUGCCGGGACCAGGUCUCUAGGGCGCAUUCCGUCCUGGUCGGGAUGGCAGUACGUUUGGCUGAAUGUAUGGGACUGCAUCGAGAUCCACAAGACACUUACGGUCUAUCUCCGGUCGAUUGUCAUGUCCGUCGAAUAGCUUGGUUUCAGCUCUGCCACUUGGACUUUCGUACCUGCGAAGGCCAUGGGCCCAGACCUGCUAUCAAGCGUGAGGAUUAUGACACAAAAUUUCCACUCAACAUCAACGAUGCAGAGCUUUUAUCGCCGAACCCGAGAGAGUCCAAGGAUACGUGGACAGAUAUGACGGUCUCGCGCAUUCGAUUUGAAUGUAUCGAAAUGCAGCGGGUGGUGUGGCACGAUCGCAUCCGACUGGAAAAGAAGAAAAUCUCUCUGACCCAUCUUCUUGGGAAGGUCGAGUCAUUCCGUCGAGCUAUGGAGUCCAAGUACAACAAGAUCUUUGAUCUCGAUGUCCCAAUCCAGAAGUAUGCACAACUGGUCAUGAACUUAAUGAUAAAACGACUGUAUAUCAUGAUACUGCACCGCUAUCUACACAAUCAAAGCAAUCGGAUUCCGGAAAGGCUGCAAUCGCUCACCAUUCGGAGUGCCGUCCAGGCGUGCGAAACCGCAAUGUCGCUGGAACGAAUACCUGGACUUUCCAAGUGGACGUGGUACAAUGGAGCAUAUCAGCAGUGGCAUAUGGCAUUCCUGCUAUUGUCAGUUAUCUAUGCCGACCCUGACAUACAAGAAGCCGACAGAGUUUAUAAUAUCAUCGACUAUGUAUUCGAACCCGACUUGUCACUGUCACGAGCGAUGAAGGCGAGGACCAUCAUUGCUGCGAUUAGAGACCGAACCACGGUUUAUCGAGAACUACGGAAAGUUGGCAUUCCGACCAGCAUGAAGAAUGCGACGGCCGACGCGACACUCGCAAAAGUCGCGGAGGCUGGUUCAGAGGACACAAGGAAGACCUCAGGCACUUCAACGUCUGUCAGUCCGCGUGUCGACAAGCUUCUCGAACCCAUGCCUCCUGCAUCGUUGAAACAAGAGAUGCCGGCCAGUACGGCAUUUGGGGCAGAUAACUCGUGGAGUUUCGACAAACCGUCGACAUUCUACGUCACCCAAGCAGCCACCCAGGCGCCAGGUGGCAGUGGCUUCUCGCAAUCCACAAGUCCACCAAUGUCCCAGCAUCAGUCUUUCAAGAGACCAUCUACGUCCCAACAACAGCAUCAGCAGCCGUUCUGGCCAGACUCGACGCAAGCUUCUCCGGGUCUACAGAACGAUUUCAACAGUCCCAGUGACUCUGGCACAAACGAAUCAUGGCCGCCACUCAUCAGUGCCGAUCAGGUAGGCUGGCAGACGGUAUUGGGACCUGCGGACACACGACCGCCUGUGGUUACAAUGCACUCAAUGCAUGGGAUGACUACCACUGGACUUCCACCCAUGCCAGAAAGCGGCAAUCCUUAUGGGCUCAAUUCGGGCUUUCCGAAUGAUCAAGUCAACAUACCACAGUACCCGGCUAGUCUUCCACGAGGUGACUCUGUCAUGAUGGACAUCAACUGGGCGGAAUGGGACCAGCUAUUCCCACCCAACACUAAUGUAACCUCGGCUCUGGAAGGAGUUGGACCUGGCUAUACUCUAGGCCAUGGGUUGUCGUAGUAUUUUUAACUGCUAUCUGGUUGGCUGAGUCAGAUGCAUGGGCUGCUGAAUCAUCAGGAGGAGGCCGCACCAUGCUUCAUCCAGAUGAAGUCAAUCCAAGCUUUGUUCGGGCAUGAUGUCACCAAGUAGAUUGGCGGACACAGGCGGAUCUCCCGGACUGCCACUGCGUAAUUGUAGCUUUCCACUCGUCAGUGCAGCUCCUGCAUCAACUCCCAAAGUGACAUGGUCCCUGCCGCCAGGACACCGUACGGCAUGCGCGGCUAUCACUGAGCCAUAUCUCGGUUCUCUGUCGUCGCGAGUC